UGGAGCUGCGGGAUUACCAUGGGAACCGAACCGCCGCGCCUAGCCCAGGACAGUCACACUUAGAGACCUUCAUCAUCAUGAUGUUAAGCUGCCUCUUUCUUCUGAAGGCACUUCUUGCUCUUGGGUCCCUGGAAUCCUGGAUAACUGCAGGAGAACAUGCAAAAGAGGGAGAAUGCUCUCCUGAUAAGAACCCAUGCAAAGAGCUGUGCCAGGGCGAUGAAUUGUGUCCGGCUGGGCAGAAGUGCUGCACCACAGGCUGUGGUCGGAUCUGCCGAGACAUUCCUAAGGGGAGGAAAAGAGAUUGCCCUAGUGUUAUUCGGAAACAAUUCUGUUUGAAAAGGUGCAUCACUGAUGAGACAUGUCCAGGUGUAAAGAAAUGCUGCACGCUUGGCUGCAACAAGAGCUGUGUAGUCCCAAUCUCUAAACAGAAGCUGGCAGAGUUUGGUGGUGAAUGUCCUGCUGACCCCCUUCCGUGUGAGGAGCUGUGUGAUGGGGAUGCAUCCUGUCCCCAGGGGCAUAAAUGCUGCAGCACCGGCUGUGGCCGCACCUGCCUCGGAGACAUUGAGGGAGGGUGGGGCGGUGAUUGUCCAAAAGUUCUGGUGGGCCUGUGCAUUGUUGGCUGUGUGAUGGAUGAGAAUUGUCAAGCUGGAGAAAAAUGUUGCAAGUCAGGCUGUGGCCGCUUCUGUGUCCCGCCAGUCCUGCCCCCAAAACUGACCAUGAACCCCAACUGGACUGUGAGGUCUGAUUCCGAAUUAGAGAUCCCGGUGCCCUAGCUGUGCUGAUUUGUCUGGAGCUUCUUUGGUAACUCUGGAAGCUUUUCCUGGCAGUCAAGAGAGGGUGACAUCCUGGGGCUUGUGAUGUUUCCAGGGGCACUCAUGGCCCUCUCUGCUCUGCUUCUCCUCCUGCUGCUGACCAGAGCAUGGGAAAUAGCCCUGGAUUGGGCAGUGGGUGUGUGGUGCUUCUCUUUCCCAAUAAAGGCUGGUGCUGA